AUGAAGAGUAAUCUACAGCCUGUGGGGUUAUCCCGAACCAAAGCUUUGCUAAUUCCCUAUAUCAGCUCGGUGACUGGACUUCUUCUCGCAGGUGUUGGUGUAAGUGAUUUCAAGAACGCUAUAGCAGCCGACAUGCCCGAUAGUGAACUAAUCUGCUUUCCAAAGCAUGUCACAGAUCCCCCCGACUCCCAAAGGAAUUUCCUCGUGGUAGACUCCAAGACCGAAACCUCUACGAUUGAGAAAGCGUUCGAAAACUUUACUCAAGAAAGAAAAGAUAUUGCUAUCGUUCUUAUCAAUCAACACUUCGUUGUCUUGCUUACGGGAGAACAGGUUGCAGAGCGCAUCCGCCACAGUGUCGAUUCCUUCGCCGAUCCAUUUCCCGCCGUCCUAGAAAUCCCAAGCAAGGAUCACCCAUACGACCCCGAGAAGGAUAGCGUGCUUAAGCGGGUGCGACGUCUGUUUGGAGAGUAG